UGACUAAUGUCUUGUUCGUUGUCACUAAUGUCAAAUAUUUCAAAAUUUUAUUGAGGGGAUAAUUUUCGAAAUUACAAAUCAUGCUGAGUCGAAUAAGUCAAAUCAAAAUACCUAUAAAAUUAAGUAUUGACUGACAUCAAGCAAUAGUAAGUUACUGUCAAAUCAGCCAAAGAAUCAGAAACAAAUGUGAAACUUGUGGAUAAGAUUUAAAGCAAUACUUGUAAUUCUAACGAUGACUUUUGUAUAACAUAAAAAGCAAUUAAUUUUUUAAUAUCCAGAGCUAUCAAGAGGAGACACCAAGAUGAAUGAGCAAGGAGCUUUGGUGGAGCUCUACAUCUAUGACCUGACCAAGGGGCUGGCAUCUCUGCUCUCUCCUUCUAUAUUAGGGCGACAGAUCGAGGGCGUCUGGCACACCGCCGUGGUCGUCUACCAGACGGAGUACUUCUUCGGCGCUAGCGGCAUCACCCAUUGCACUCCGGGCAGCACGCAGCUGGGCGCGCCCUACCGCGUGGAUCGGCUGGGGGAGACCUUCGUGCCCUACCAGAUGUUCCUCGAGUACAUUCACGCACUGGGCACCACAACCUACACUCCAUCAUCGUAUAACUUAUUGGAACACAACUGCAACCACUUCAGCGAGGAGGUGGCACAGUUCCUGUGCGGGGCGCACAUCCCCAAGCACAUCGUGUCGCAGCCCGAGGAGCUGCUGCCCAGCGCGCACGCCGCGCUGCAGGGCCUGCUCGACAGCGUGCUGCCGCGCCAGCAGACGGUGUAUACAAAUGGUGGAAUGCGGCACAAUCGGCAAGACAGUCCCGAUUACCUCACGCUCAACACUCAGAUCGAGGAGGCCAGAGUGGCGUCGCAAGAGCUGGACGCGCGGCGCAGCUCGCUGGCGGAGAAGCUGGCGCGCAAGCAGCGCCGCCGCGACAAGCGCCGCCGCAAGCUGCGCGACGCCGGCGACGCCGAGUCUGACGACAUGGCGGAGGCAGUGGAGGCGGUGCCGAGCGCGGGCGAGGAGCUGUCCCGCGCGGGGCCCAGCUCGGCCGCGCUGGCGCUGGACGCGGACGAGCGGCGCCAGGACGAGCUGCGCAAGCGCGAGCGGGACCCGCCCAUCGUCUACACCGACAUCGACGGCGUACGAGAAUUUGAGAAAUUGUCGCAGGCCUUGGAGGGCGUCGAGCUAACGGCGGAGGAGCGGCAAAGCGUGGACGAACUGCAGCAAUACCUAGUGCAGGGCGAGGGCAGCUGGGUGCUGGGAGACGACUUCCUGGCCUUCGUGGGGCGGCUGCUGGCGGGCGGCGAGGCGGCGGCGCGCGUGGCGCUGCUGCGCUGCCUGGCGGCCGCCGCGCUGCGCGACGACGUGUCGCUGCUGCUGCACCAGGACCGGCGCCAGCACGCGCUGCUCAACUACGCGCACUCCGUGGACACGCUCUCGGCGCCCGAGCAGCACGCGCUCGCGCUCUUCAUGUGCAACCUGUUCGAGAACAUAUCGUCGUCGGAGUGGCUGCUGUACAUCAGCGAGUGGGACCACAACGGACAGCCGCUCUCCAACAUCCGCGCCACUACUAAGGUGUGCGUGCACUGCACGCUGAGCGCGGACCUGGGGCUGCGCGAGCUGGGCACCGCGCUCAUGCACAACGUGGCCACCAAGGAGGUAAAAACUGUGGUGUUCGACGAGGUGUGCGUGGAGCUGGCCAUGGCGCUGCUGCAGCUGCUGGCGUGGGCGCCGGCCGAGGAGCAGCUGUGGCGCUGCGUGCGGGCGCUGGCGCGCUUCGCCGACCACUCGCAGGACGUGCCGCAGCUCAUCGCCAUGAUCGGGCCCGACCCCGCCGCCUUCAGAGGGACAAGUCCUCGCGUGGACGAGCAGAUAGACCUGAUAAUGAAGAAGAUAAAGUAGUCCGGGCCGUGAGCCGCCGCCCUGACAGUUACCAGUUGUUUUGUUUUGUUUAUAUUUGAUAUCGAGUAUUAGUGAGAGCCGUCUUCCCGCGAGAGGGCGCCGCCAGGUCGAUUGUAAAUAUGUUUAACUUGUUAGUACUAAUGUAUCGUAAGACGAAAAUUUAGAGUAAGUACCUGAGCUUAUAGCAAGCCUCUAAUGUUAAUUAUAUACAUACGCAUACUUAUAAAUAUAUCAUUAUUUUGUAUGUUGCACUAACACACGGUGACUACGAUGCAUUUACACUGUAUACACACAAAGCGUUGUAUACUCAUGUUUUAUAGUUGCGGAAAUUGUAAUAAAUCUGUGGUAUAUUAAA